CCGGUUUCCCUUCCUUGUGUGCUAAGAUGGCGGACCGGCGACGACGAAGGAGGCGCGCGUCUCAGGACAGCGAAGAUGAGGACGAGUCUGCGUCCGGGUCGGAGAGCGGGAGAUCGGCUUCCCCUAGCGGGAAGACUCGCGCUAGAAUCCCCGAGCCAGGGGAGCCUCCAGCCGGGCGCGUUGCCGCGAAAAGCGACGUCGAAUCUGAGUGUGAAAGUGAAGACGGCGUAGGUGAAGCUGUCCUUUCUGACUAUGACAGUGCUGAUCCGGAGGAGAACGGCUCGCACUCGGAGGGAGGAGAGGAGGAUGAGGAGGAGGCUGAGCACUUCAGUGAUGAAGAUGCUGCGCGCCAAGCCGCGGAGCAGAAAGCAGCAGUAGUAGUAGCAGCAGCAGCAGCCGCCGAUGCUCCCACUGAAGUUGUGGUAGAGGAGGGAGAAGAAGAAGAGGAGGAGGAGGUGGAGGAGGAGAGAGAAAUGAAAGAAGUGAAGAGUGAUGAGAAGGGCAACUUGGCUGGAGAGAGGCAGAGUGGAGAUGGUCAGGAGAGCACGGAUGAUCCCGAGAAUAAGUCAGCCGGUAAAGCCGGUCAGAAGUUGGAUGAUGAUGAGGACCGAAAGAAUCCUGCAUACAUCCCCCGGAAGGGCUUGUUUUUUGAGCAUGAUGUGAGGGGUCAGGCUCAAGAUGAAGAGAGGCCUAAGGGCAGACAUAGAAAACUGUGGAAAGAUGAGGGUCGCUGGGAGCAUGAUAAGUUUCGGGAGGAAGAGCAGGCCCCUAAAUCGCGUGCGGAGCUGAUUGCUAUUUAUGGUUAUGACAUUCGCAAUGGCAAUGGCUGCAGUGACACUAGACCAUUCAAGCCACGGAAGCCCAGGCAUCUUGGCCCGCUUAACCAGGAGUCCAAGCGUUACCGGGAUGGUGAGAAACCCCCUCGCUCCUCGUGGCAUGGUGCGGCUCCUGGUGCCCGUGGUGCCCCACCUGUGACAAUAGCUCCCCAAUCAGGUGUUCCUGCGCCUCCUCGCUCCCAGAAUAGACCUUCCACCCAGCCCCCUGCACGCACCUUCCAGAGCAGUCGUCGACCUGAAAUCAGAAGUCAUGCUAAGGCCACCACACGACUCCAGGCUUCUGAGAGCGAGAAGGCACCCAGGCUCAGGGGCCGAGGUUCUCAUGGACCCCCUCACCACACCCAGCGCAGCCCACAGGAGGAAGAAGAAGAGGAAGGCGAGAUUCCAACUGUAGCCACCACUUACACUGCCCAUUACUACAAAUCUGAGCAGGAGACAACAUCUUCAUCGCAGCAAAAGGAGGAGUGUGGAACAACGGAGGAACAGCAGUCGAGCGCACCUGGCGCGGUAAGGGAGGUGUCUCCACCUCCUGAGAGGCCAGUGGAGAAAAAAUCCUACUCUCUGGCACGCAGGAGCCGAGCCAGACCCUCGGACCUUAGUAAACAGGCCUCGCUGGAAGAGGCAGUGCUCACCCCACAGGUUAUGCCUACUGCUGCCAAGAGUGAAUCAUGGCAGGGACAGGGUGAGACAGGCACACAGAGUGGCUUAUCAAGGCUCGAUCAGGACCUGGCCCGUCUCAGUCUGGCUGGGCAAAGCUGGACCCAGAGUCCGCCCUCAUACCUCCAGCCUGAGAUGAGGGGCAUCCCUAGUUCUAUACAUAUAGGAGGUGGACCUCCUCAGUAUGGCAAUAUGGAGGACAUGGGUGUUGGUGGUGGCCGGGCUAAGCGGUAUUCUUCUCAGAGGCAGAGACCAGUGCCUGAACCAGCGCCAAUGCACAUAGGGCUCAUGGAGGGCCACUAUUACGAACCCAUGUCAUUUCAGGGACCAAUCUACGCACAUGGCGACAAUCCUGCUGCCAUGCCACCACAGGGGCUUUUGGUACAACCAGAGAUGCACCUGCCCCACCCCACACACCCAAGCUUGCAUCCACACCAGUCAGGAGGACCGAUUCCGAACCCUGCUCUUUACGCUCCUCCUCCACCUGUUUCUCUGUCUCCUGGACAGCCACCCCCACAGCAACUGCUUGCCCCACCCUUCUACCCUCCACCUGGAGUCAUGACCUUUAGCAACACCAAUUACCCAUACCCUGCUGGAGCUACAAUACCCCCCAUGUACCCCAAUGCACAGGCUCAGUCACAGGUGUAUGGUGGAGUGACGUAUUUUGACACGGUACAGCAGCAGGCUCAACCCAAACCUUCUCCGCCACGCCGCACUUCACAGCCUGUCACAGUCAAACCUCCCCCGCCAGAGGACCAGAGUAGGAAGCCCAGUGAGGAGGUGCGCUCCUAGCUGCUGCUGAAAGAAGUGACCAGGACCAGCACCACUUGUGGAUGAAUACAAUUUUCGAUUUGUUACAUCACCAUCUUUUUUUUUUGUUGUUGUUGUUUUUUUUUUAAAAAAGUAAAAACGUUUGAUUUUAUUCAUUUCAAGCAUGUCUACAUUCACCCUCAUGCAAGGCUCUCCUUGUGAAUCGUUUCUCGAUCAUAUUUUUCAUCACCUGAUCUGUUUGCUGUGUGCUGCUUCACUUUCAAGGCAUGAAUUAGUCGCUGAAGGAAAUGUACUUGAUGUACUGUAAAAUAGACAUCAAGCCGACACAGAAAGGGGUUUCGCUGCUAUUAAUCACCAUUAUAUUCAUCAUCAUAAAUAAACGUCACGUGUUGUGCUCAUAAUCCAGGCCUGUUGUUUUAGAUGGGGGGGGCAGAUUGCAAACAUUUCAUUUCGUGCAGCAUGUUGAAUGUGUUGGAGAAGAUAACAUGUCCAAGGCUAUUUAGAUCACUUGUCUCCAUGAAAUGCAAUACAUAUUUGUUGCAAAUUGGACCUGCAUGAUAAUUAUCUGGUGGAGUUUUGUGUGCUGAAGAACGGAACAUGAAAGCAGGUCAGGGCCAUACAGUACCAUAUUAGGAUGCGCAUUUAACAUUGAAUUUAAAUAUAUGCAUGUAGCGUCUUCAGUUUAACGUUCACAUUCAGCAUUAGAGGGCACUUUCUAUGGCCUGGCAGUCUAUGCAUCUCCUGUUGUUUGUUUUUGUUUCCCUCUAUAUCUGAGUAAAUGUAAAAUAAGGCAAUAUGUUUCAGCUAUAGUGCAGUUUCCAGACCAGUUGGUGAGGGCAGGAAGCGUUGAGCUUCGGCAUGGAGUGACCAUGCUAGAGGAUAAACUAAUUGACCAAAAAAAAAUGGUGGUGUCAAUGCUGACGUACAGAGCCACAAAUCGAAAGAGCUUCUUUUCUCUGCUCAAUGCCAAGCACAUGUGAUUUACACAGAAAUUUGUGAUGGUGCACCUUUAAGGGCUCACAGAAAGGCAGUGAAUUUAGGCAGUGAAAUAUAUAUAUAUAUAUAUAUA